UCACGGAAAUAUCUUGAUUAGGCGGCUCUCGCUUCACAUAUUCUCUCUGGCAGUCUGUGAGGAUCGAACAGUGGUCUGGAGAAGAGCGGCGGAGGAGGAGCGCCUCAGGAACCGCAGAAUAACAGAAACAGGGAGGAUACGUGUUCAAAUUCACACUUUAGCAGCGCGUAUCCAUGUUUUACAGCUCGGAGACGCCCUCUCUGAUUAUAAAAGCUGAAGUCUGCGGCUAACUUGGUGGUGUUGAGGGGAGAGAGGAGCCGUUUGGCGGUGGCGGGAUGAGCUGAACAGUUCGGACGCUUCUCACCGACAGAGUCGCCAAUGUGGCAGCAGCGGCUUUUUCCCUGUGUGCAGAGGGACGUCUACCCGACACCACUAGGGUCCUCAGCAAGGCCCCUCCACGUUCAAAGGUUGACGUUACAUUAUCUAAGAUGGAGUAGAAACGCAGAUCUCUCUCUCCACCUUUCCUCCAACCCCAGCCCCCCUCCCAGCCCGUUGUAUGCUUGGUGCCCACAACUCGGCGCACCAUGCGUGCCAACGGGCGACUGGGGAGGUCCGUGUGCUGGAAGCUCCUCUCCCCCUUCAAGCGGUCCCGGCAGGAGAGGGUGAUUUUGGCUCGCAGCGAGAGCAUGCCAGGAGAACAGGUCCUCAAGAUCACGAUCACUGAGACGACGGUUAUCGAAGCUGACUCAGGGGUGUGGAACUCAAGAGCGCUGAGUUAUCUGGGCCUGUGGUACUUCUUCAGCUUCUCCACACUCUUUCUCAACAAGUACAUCCUCUCUCUCCUGGAGGGAGAGCCAAGCAUGCUGGGUGCUGUUCAGAUGCUUUCCACCACAGUCAUUGGCUGCAUUAAGAUGUUUGUGCCUUGCUGCCUGUACCAGCACAAGUCCCGAGCUGAAUACCCGCCCAACUUUCUCAUGAUCAUGCUCUUUGUGGGAUUAAUGAGGUUCACCACUGUGGUGCUAGGGCUUGUUAGUCUGAAGAACGUAGCUGUGUCAUUUGCAGAGACCGUGAAAAGUUCAGCACCCAUUUUCACUGUUAUCAUGUCCAGACUGAUACUUGGGGAAUACACAGGUCUUUGGGUGAACUUGUCUUUGUUUCCAAUUAUGGCCGGUCUUGCACUCUGCACAGCCACUGAAAUCAGCUUUAACAUGCUGGGCUUCUCUGCUGCUCUCUCUACAAACAUCAUGGACUGCUUACAAAAUGUAUUCUCAAAGAAGCUGCUAAGUGGGGACAAAUAUAGAUUCAGCCCCCCAGAGUUGCAAUUCUAUACCAGCGCUGCUGCCGUCAUCAUGCUGAUUCCUGCCUGGGUCUUCCUCAUGGACAUACCUUUGAUGGGGAAGAGUGGGCGGAGCUUCAGCCUGAGCCAGGACAUUGUGGUGCUGCUGCUGCUGGACGGGGUCCUGUUUCACCUGCAGAGUGUCACGGCCUACGCGCUCAUGGGACGCAUCUCACCUGUCACCUUUAGUGUGGCAAGCACAGUGAAGCAUGCCCUGUCCAUCUGGCUCAGCAUCAUCGUGUUCAGUAACCCCAUCACAGCCCUCUCUGCUGUGGGUACAGUACUGGUGGUUGUGGGAGUUAUGCUUUAUAACAAAGCCAAACAAUUUCAGAGAAGGACUCUGCAAGCCCUCGCCCAAUUAGCAGACUUGGACCAGAGAUCCUUACUUCAAGAGUCCAACCUCAAAGCAGCAGACUGAAUCAACGGAGAACAACUGAAAUGACUGCUGCUUCUGAUGGCAUUUAGAACCCUGUAAGGAUGGAUAUUUUUCAUUUCAGCUUUAAAAGGGAAGCGAAGAUGUGAGUAUUUUCGAGGUUUGGGUGAAUAAAGUUGGGACCCAAAUGAAUUCACAUUGGACCAAGGAGAAGAAGAGCUGCUCUAUUAGAAUGAUGAAAUAGCCAAGCUCUACAUAGACUUCUGUGCCUGGAGUAUGACAUUCCUUUUACUUUUUCCUUUCCUUUUACUUCUGACAUUAUUCCUGACAUUCACUGAUCAGAUGUUUGAGCACUUUUGUAAUCACCUAAAAGUUUCUUUUGUUCAUCCCACUAGUUUGGUAAUAAUUGGUAAGAAGAGGCAGGGGUACCUUCUGUGUUCAAUGGGACCAAUUUUUUUCUUUCCUAAUUUUAGCUUUCAGUUAUUCAGCCUGUUUCUUUGGUUUUGUUCUUGUCUCCCAUCAUGCAGGAUUUUUCAGAGAAACUGAAAAUGACAGUGUUUGUAGUACUGUAGUUUGGUCUUGUCUCUUACCUUUCAAGAUUUUUUUAGUAAGAAAUUGACAGUGUUUUAGAGACAGUGGUUAGAAAAGGAUUUUCCAAGGUUGUUUGCACUAUUGUUUAAUGAAGAUCAAAUCUAGCUCAUAGGUGUAGCCUGAGUAAUUCAGAAAAAGACAGCAUGCUGUAGAGUGUUGGGCUCUAAAGAUGAAUUUCAUCCAAGUUUUAAAUUUUUUGCAUAAUCCAAACAUUGAGAUGUAAACAAAGUCAUUCAACGUUGGUCUGUGUGAUAUUUAGAAAUAAUUACCACAAUAUUUUCUAGUUUAAAAAUUGCCAUUAUCGAUUAUAUCAAUCUGUCCCAUUUGAAGCCACAUUCUAUUCUACCUUCAGUUUAUAUGGUUUCUUACAUUAAUGGUUUAAUGAAAAUCUUUAAUAAAAAUCUUAUAUUUAAUAGUACAAUACUGAAUAAUUAUAACUAAGUAUCUUUUGAGAACUACUUCACUUGUCGUUUUUAAUAAAUGUUGCUGCAAACAGACACUUUCAUGAGAUCCCUCUGGUGUAGAUUCAGGGUGACUUGCUUGCUAAUAGUGCUCCCUGCUAGAGGAACAGCAGAUUGCAAAGGAAUUCCAAAGCCAUGCCCUCAUGGUUUACAUAUUAAAAAUGAGGUGUUUUUGUUGUUAUAGUGGAGUCAUUCUGGAAUUCAGCUAUAGAUGCCUUCAUACAACGAUACCACAUAGUACCACAUAGUAUUAUAGUUUUAUCAUUUUCAUAAUUUAACUAAAACUAUUUAAUUUAAACCACUGGAACACUUAAGCAGAAAAUACUGCAGUUUUUUCUUUGUUACCUGUUUCUGAUUCUGUUUCCUAGCCGUAGAUUGGGAUCAGAGAAACUUUCCGGCUAAAGCUAACUUAGCUGCUCUAAGGUAAAACCCUAUCACUUUAGCUUGGUUGUUUUGCUGCAGUGAGUCACACUGAAGCAAGCUGAAGUUCCAAAUCAGCAUCUAUUUUUUGCUCAGCCGCCCCUAAAGUGGUGACAUGGUGAUUAGUCUUUAGCCUUUAAUAAAGCCACCUUAUCGCCACCACUGUGAACAAUACCGACUCAGUAAGUUUCUCUAGAAGAAGCAUUUCACAUGAAACCUCUCUUGACUUUGUUUACAUCUUCAACAACAAGAAUUAAAGUAAUCUGAUCUAUUUCACACUUUUGGCUCAACCUGCCCUACAGCACAGACAUGGACUGUCGCAACUAUUGUGUUGUUUUUGUUUAUUUGCUUUACUUGGUGUAGCUUUUUUUUAUUAAUUGUACAUUGCGUAUUCCUCAACUUCACUUUCUUGUAUAUUUAGUAAACAUUGUUGUAAUCAUACAGCUAAAACAGCCUAAACUCAUAAAUGCUAUUGUCACUAUAACCUAGUAAUUUCAAGUAUUAUGAAAAAAGAGCAUCUAGGAAGAAAGUCACUCUCUUGUUAAAUGUUAUUGUUUAUUAUGAGUACUUUGUUGUGGCCGUGACAUGGGCUGCCAAAAUAUCAGUUUACCUCUUAUGAACUCUUUCUUUUCCAUUCCUUUUCAUUUUUGUCUGUUUUACUUGAUGUUCUGUGCCUAUAACUAUAAUCUCUCUUUUUGAUCACAUGGUUGAUUAAGUAAUGUACAUAAUCAUCAUUUAAUAAUAAUUGAAUGGAUUAUACCACUUCUUUAUACCGUUAGUCUUGAUGAGUUAUUCACGUAUGCCCUGCUGCACCAGUAGGUGUCGGUGCAUGAUAUGUUGAUUCAGUUGUUGCUGUUUGAUAUGACAGCGACAAGAUAUUAUUACACUGCUACUGUUCUUUAUUCUAACUCUAGGAGACCCAUAAUGAUUCCUCAAUGCAAAUGGUGAAAAUGAACCACUUCUCAGUUUUUCCAUCUAUGUUUCGUUGUCUUUGCCAAACUAAAUAUUCAGCAGCAUGUCUGUUCUGGCUCUUUAAUGUUUAGCGUCAUACUUUGUGUUUAACUUGAGCUAUUUUUUCAUCUCGUCUGUACUGAAGCGUUUCCUGCCGCUCUCUUUCUUCCACCUGUAUGGCUGCCUUGUAUUGUGUAACAAGACUUGAAUUCAAAACAAACCUGUGUUCCUUAGACUACUGAGAUAAAGACAUUCCGUGUGGUCAUCUGUUAAAUAGCCAGUGUCAUCUGUUAUUUUAUGCUUCACCAUGAGCCUCAGAUUCAUGUCUUCUACUCACUUUGGGUAGAGGUGAGUUUUACAUGGAUCUUUUGAUUCUGAGCCUGUGGACUAGGAGUUUAACAUCCGUGGAUGAAUUUCUAAGAACAUGUUUGUUAUACUUUUUAUGCUAUAAUUUAAUGUUCUCCACUUAACACAAGUGUGAACAUAGCAAUAUGUGUCUUUUAAUUGCAAAAAAAACUGAAAGAUCUUUAAAAUGUGUUGUAAACUGAAUUUCAAAUUUGUUUCUGUAGGAAUGGAAAACAAUAGGUUGCAUCUUGAAUCUUAAGAUGUAUUUUCGUAUACUAUUUAACCAGUUUACUGUUUAAAAGGACUUUUCUGUAUAAAUGGUUUGAUCUUUUGUGUCAAGUCUAAAGGUAUUAUUUGUACAUUGCUAUGGUGUACAGUACACUUAAUUCGAAAAGAAAGUCAUCUCAAAAACUCAUCUUGAAUAAAUUUCUAUGAAAUGGAAUCCAUGUUGU